GUGUGCGCAUGUGCACAGGAGGACGCGAGCAGAGAGACGUUGAUGGGCCAUGUCUGUAGUUGGGACGUCUUUUCUGUCUUCGGUCUUCAUGUCUUCAUGUCUUCUCGUCCACGAUGCACUUUAGAACUUUCAGAAGAUGUCCGUGUGUUUGCAGAUCGUCGCUUUUCUCUUCGCCAUAAACUUUGUCUCGCCGCCGCUGCGUGCUCAGGAUCCCUCCUGCUGCCACCAUGCUGCCCAGUUCUCCCCCUGCAAAGAAGCUUGUGACCAGCUGGCCACCAUAAAGAGCGAGUCUCGUUUGAAGCAUCUUCUGCAGAGGUUGCCCAGUUACUGUCCCGAGUCCAUGAAUGACUUGUGGGUUUGCAUCAACUCCACUCUGCCAGGAGUGUCCAGGAAGGUGGACAGCUGGGUGGGGCUGGGCUGCUGUGAGCUAGCCAUCUCCUCGGAGUGCCGCAGGGAAUGUAGACAGGCAUCAUCCAGAAAUGAUCUCACUAAAGUAUGCAAAAAAGUCACAGAGAAUCCUCUGUACAGCUGCAUCACCAAAAAUGAAAUGGGCUCCACCUGCUGCAGCUACGCAGGGCGUCACACCACCUGCAGGGAGUACUGUCAGGCCAUCUUCAGGACCGACUCCACCCCCACUGUCUCCCAGAUCAACGCCGUCACAGAGUACUGUCAGAGCCACAGUCCUCAGCUGCUCGGCUGUGUCAGCAAUUUCACCAAGUCCUACCCGAUACGCAGCCCCAUAGACAGUCUCUACUGCUGUGACCGAGCAGACGCCACCCACUGCCAGGUGGCUUGCCGGCGAAUCCUUCGUACGUUAAGCACAGAGCACGAGAUCAUGGAGGCUUUGAUUGAUGAGUGUGGCUCCCAGCCUCUCCCCCAAGACCCCAUGUGGCAGUGCUUUCUGGGCAGCGCCCAUCCCCCAUCCCCCACUGAGAAAGAAGUCCCCCAUCCCGCCAAAAUGGACUGUGCCAAACUACACUGCUGCUCAAAGGCCAACACAUCACUUUGCAGGGACAUGUGUCAGGAGAUUAGCACCAACUGGGGCAGCCAGACGUGGCAAGACUUUGAUCAGCUGUGCGAGUACAACCCAAGGGAGGCCGAGCUGGUCACCUGCCUGGCUGACGUCAGAGAACCCUGCCAGCUGGGCUGCAAGGACCUCAGCUACUGCACCAACUUCAACAACAGGCCCACGGAGUUGUUUCGCAGCUGCAACAUGCAGUCCGACCAGGGGGCGAUGAAUGACAUCAAGCUGUGGUCCAACGGAACAAUCAAGAUGCCUUUUAUGAACAUUCCUGUGCUGGACAUCAGGAAGUGUCUGCCGGACACGUGGAAGGCCGUCGCUUGCUCUCUGCAGAUCAAACCCUGCCACAGCAAGUCCAGGGGGAGCCUCAUAUGCAAGUCGGAUUGCGUGGAAAUCCUGAGCCAGUGUGGGGACAGAAAACGUUUCCAUGAGGGACAAACACCUGAGAGGAUAUGUGAGCUGCUGUCACCCGUCGAUGACCCCGAACGCUGCAUCCCCCUUCACAGAUACCUCGCCCCCAGUUCCCUGGGCAACAGCAUUGCUGAAGAAGUCAGCCAUCCGUGCAACCCCAACCCUUGCCCCAGUAGCCACGUGUGCCAGGUCAACAGGAAGGGCUGCCUGGAUGAGCUCAACUGUCAAGCCUUUGUCUGCGUGCCAGGCUGCAAAUUGGGCGAGGCCUCCGACUUCUUGGUGCAGCAGGAUGCUCGGAUACAGGUGCCAACGCGCACCGGCCCGGCCGGGUGCUAUGAGGUCUGCACUUGUGGUGCCAGUGGGCGUCUGGAGAACUGUGUGGAGAUGCCGUGCGUGGACAUCAGCAAGCCCUGCAUUGUAGGUGGACAGAAGAAGAAUCACGGGACGUCUUUCAGACUGGACUGUGACAGCUGCUUCUGCUUUGGGGGUGAAAGCGUCUGCACUCACAGAGAAUGUGUCGGCAUUGGAAGCUCCGAGGAAGAGCGCCAACAUUUUAGUGGUCUUCCAUGUAACUGUCCAGACCACUUCAUCCCAGUGUGCGCCUCCAACGGCCGCACGUAUCCAAGUGCUUGUGUGGCUCGCUGUGUGGGCUUCAAGGACCACCAGUUUGCUUUUGGCCAGUGUCGUCUCACCAACCCCUGUGCCAGCAAGCCCUGCCAGAGAAACCAGAGGUGCAUUCCCAAGUAUCGGGUGUGCCUCAGUGACUCCUCAGACUGCCUGCAGUACGAAUGCCUGGGACGACAGCUGGCCUGUGAUAAGAACCACGUGGAUCCGGUCUGUGACACCGAUGGUCUCAUUCAUGCCAGUCUGUGCCAGCUCCAGCAGGCUGGAAAAAGCCUGGCUUACAUGGGACACUGUCAGGAUGCCUGCAGGACGCGUCAGCAGGUUUGCGGCCACAAUGGUGAGACCUACAACACGCCGUGUGACGCCUACUCUGACGGUGUGGGCGUGGACUACGAGGGCCACUGCCAGGCCGCGGGGGCCAUGUCCGACAUGGCCAGCGACUCUGCCUGCGCUCUCAUUUCCUGCCCCCGACUGUCACCUCCUGGCUGCCGGCCCGUCACGCCUCCAGGAGCCUGCUGUCCAAUCUGUGCCAGCCUUCUGCAGGUCUUGUGGAACAAAGACCAGGUCAACACCUUCUCCAAGCUAAAUAAGGAGCAGCCAGUGACGGUCCACGACGUCCUUCGCAUCCUGCGUCUGCACGUGUCGGUGCCGCAGUGUGACGUCUUUGGCUACCUCAGCAUGGACCGCCAGCUGGUGGUCCUCAUCGCACCCGUGGAUCAUCAGCCCACACCCCUGCAGAUGGAAGCGUGCAGUAAGGAGGCAGAGAAGAUUGAUUCUCUGAUCAAUUUUGCCAGUCCAACGCUCGUCUCCCACAUUCCCGCCUCUGCUCUUCUCGCCUCCGAGACCAAGAUGUCUUCCGUCGGCUCCUCAGGGAGCGCUCAGAUGUCCCCUCUGAAAGGCGUCCAGUGCUUCAUCCUGGUUCUGCUUGCGGUGCAGCUGUAAAUACUACUUGUUGUGUCGCUCAUCGACCCUUCUUCUGUCUUCACCUCCAUCACUCUUUCAUUCAUGCACAGUCCUGACAUGACAAUCACCUUGCUGGAAAACUACUAACGUUACCACUACUACACUUCACUACUUACAGUACACCAUUACUGCUACACUUUACUGCACCCAGUAUUAUUACUAUGAGUAUUAGCAAUGUACAUGACUACCUACAGUAUUAUUACUAUGAGUAUUAGCAAUGUACAUGACUACCUACAGUAUUAUUACUAUAAGCGUACACUGAGUAUUAUGAGCGUUGAGAGUAGAUGAAGUAUUAUGAGCGCCGUAGAGUAGAUGAAGUAUUAUGAGCGCCGUAGAGUAGAUGAAGUAUUAUGAGCGCCGUAGAGUAGAUGAAGUAUUAUGAGCGCCGUAGAGUAGAUGAAGUAUUAUGUGCGCCGUAGAGUAGAUGAAGUAUUAUGAGCGCCGUAGAGUAGAUGAAGUAUUAUGUGCGCCGUAGAGUAGAUGAAGUAUUAUGAGCGUCGUUGAGUAGAUGAAGUAUUAUGUGCGCCGUAGAGUAGAUGAAGUAUUAUGAGCGUCGUUGAGUAGAUGAAGUAUUAUGAGCGUCGUUGAGUAGAUGAAGUAUUAUGAGCGUCGUUGAGUAUUAUGAUUGCUAAAGGGCAGCAGCAAGCACUUAAGCUUCUUGGACUUGUUUUUCUCAGGCGUCAUAUGCACACUCCAAAGUACUACAUACAUUUGGAGUAGUACAUACAUGUACAGAGAUUGCUGGUGGUACAGCAGGCAUCUGCUUUUCCUGACCAAAGAGCGUGUGAGUGUGCCAGUAGAAAAGUAUGGCUAGGAGUAUUUGGGAGCGAGUAGAGGAGUAGGAAGAGCAUUAGUCCAGUCGUAGGUGGGUCGAGACGAAGACGAGGAGAUGUUGGAGGGUAGCUCGCUUGUUGAUUGAGCUCCAAGAGAAGCUGCUAGAUGAUGACGAUGAUGAAAGCGGUUCUUAUCAGAUGAUAGUCGUAGCAGCCGUGGUAUUUGUGCGUGUCGUGCUAAGCUUCAGUCAUACGUUGUAAAGCUUUAUUGCUCUAUUUGAUAUUUCUGUCUGACACCUGCCAUGCCGGCAGUGAUGAUGGAUGGCCUUCCAUCCUCACCACACCAUAAGAAGGCAGUAACAUUUCUUUUCAUGCGCUAUUGGGGUGAUUAGAGGACCUAGCAUGAAAGCUAGUAGCAAGGGAACAAGGAAGUCUCCCUGGUCAUCAGCUGGAAGACGGUGGUGACCGAACUUUGCCAAAGGUGGGAGUUUUCAGGGAUCAUUCCAGGUGUUCUUUUGGCAUCCGCUCAGGCCUCAUCCUUGCUUGGCAGGCUUUAUUAUGUCCAAAGAGACCUUUUCAUAUCGCACCAUUGUCGUAACUAGCAGUUUCACCCACGGAUUGCAUGGAAGAAUGUUCUCAACUCCUGCUUCCGUGCCGCUGUGGUGUUCAGCAGAAUAAGGAUGUCACCUUCUUCUUCACUUUGCAACUCCAUCUUUAACAGCGCCUCUGCUGGUUGCACUCGUGUAGUGAUUAUUUAUAUCUAGAAAUUCUGCAUUUUAAUAGCCAUCGGCGUCGAUACCGCACAGAAGGCAUCAAGCCAGGAAAUACCAUUCUGUCGAGAUAGCGGACAGUAGAAGAUAUGAAGACGUUGGAAGACGGAAUAUGCAUAAAGACAUUAUGAGAAGAUAUGAAGACGGAAUAUGCAUAAAGACAUUAUGAGAAGACAUGAAGACUGUCGGAGAUGGAACAUGGAUAAAGAUACGAAGCGCGAAGAAGAACAAAUGUGUUGGCGUGUGUGAAAUGUAGCGCGUGAGGCCAGUAGUUGUUUGAAAAGGGAAGAGAAGCCAUGGAACAAAAGGAGACAAUCAUCUGCUUGUAUGAAGUAUGAGCAGCAUCGCAAUACGUUUCACGUAGAAGAAUGAAAAAAGCCAUGGAGUGAUUUUCAUCCAGAAUGUAGAAUUUGCAUGCUUGUGGAAGUGUACAGCACAUACUGUAAGCCACGCCUUGGCAGUAUUAUUGUUAUUAUUAUUAUUAGAUGCUCUUGUUAUUACUGUUUACACAGAUGAUUUAUGCCAACAAUAUCCAGAUGAAUAAAAUGCUUCAAUAUGAAGUCAUUGACCACCAA